UUGGUUAAGACAGAAAAUCGAUGGGUUCGACCWGUUGAGUCUGAAAAAACUUUAUCAGAAGAAGAGAAGAAAACUCAGGAAACAAUCCGUAAAUUCCGUGGAAUUCUCAACAAGCUCACSCCUCAGAAAUUCCAAACUUUGAUAUCWCAAGUGCUCGAGCUGGACAUCGAUACUCCUGAAAGGCUGGAGGAAAUUAUCAAUAUYACUUUUGAAAAGGCUAUUACAGAGCCAGCAUUUAGUGUAGCCUAUGCUAACCUAUGUAGAUGCCUGAUUCCUACAAAUGUCAAAAUUACUCAAGACGGGAAGGAGCAGAGCCUUACGUUCCGUAAAAUACUUCUAAACAAGUGCCAGAAAGAAUUUGAAAGAGAGAAAGAUGAUGAACAAAGCAUUCACAAGAAAAUGGAAGAAUUACUGCAAGCAGGAUUGUCGGGUGAAGAGCUUAAGGUGAAGAAGGCAGAACUAGCUUUAGAAGAACUCAAAGGCAGAAGGAGAACUCUAGGGAAUAUUCGAUUUAUUGGUGAACUUUACAAAUUAAAGGUAAAAAUAACAAAGAAUGACUAGACUUAAUUGUUAAAAUUUUGGGUGCUCCUGCUAAGCAAAAACACUCUCUACAUGUAAAUAAUAGUGCUGUAUUAGUAAUAAUACUUUUAC